AUGACCACUAACACUGCGACGUACUAUGCGCUUUGGAUAGCUGUGCCGGCUCUCGUGUCCUGGCUUCUUCUUCGAAAGCGGAGACGGAAUCCUCGACGACUUCCGCGACCGCCUGGUCCGAAAGGGAUGCCUCUCAUCGGGAAUGUGUUGGACAUGCCUGCAAAGUUUCAGUGGAAAGUAUUUCAGGAAUGGAAAGGCAAAUACGGCGAUAUGAUUUUCCUCGAAGUUCUCAAUCAGCCCAUUUUGGUGCUGAACUCGCUGUCCAGAGUAGAGGACCUCCUCGAGAAACGUUCGUUGAACUACUCGAACCGACCGAAAGCACCGAUGCUGCGAGAAUUAAUGGGGUGGCAAGAUAUCUUCCUUGUCAUGGACCUUGGGCCGCGACUUCGCGACUACCGGAGGACAUUUGCGCAAUAUUUCACGCAGGCGAAGGUUCAGCAGUAUCACCCCGCUAAGCUCGAAUGUGUACAACGCCUUGUUUCCCGUUUAUCCGAUAAUCCCAAUGACAUUGUUAAACAACUCCACACAUACACUGCAGAUGUCAUCGCCAAAGUGGUAUAUGGCUUUAAUAUCGAAGAUCAUCCACGGUACAUAGCCCUGACAGAGAAAGCGGUGGAGUCCUUCGAAGAGGCGGCAAUCCCUGGACGAUUCCUGGUGGACGUAUUUCCAUUUUUGAAGUACAUCCCAAGCUGGAUGCCCGGGGCCGGAUUUCAGAGGUUCGCUGUGGAAUCUAAAAAGUCUAUCAGACAGCUGUUGAAUCAUCCCUUUCACAUUGUCGAAGAGAACAUGGCUCGAGGAAGUGCUUCGUCGUGCAUCGUUUCGGACAUGGUUGAAAGGCUACCAGAAGACGGUACGGCCAGGGAACAAACUAGGACUAUGUUUCGCCACGUCGCUGGGACUGCUCAUAUAGGUGGCUCAGAUACAAAGCGGAUCCAGGCAGAGUUGGAUGCACAGCUUGAUCGAGGGGAUCUCCCGACCUCUGAGACUUGCGAGAAUUUGCCAUACCUCAAGGCAGUCGUCAAGGAAUCGCUGCGUUGGGUGACUGUUGUGCCUUUUGCAUUCCCUCACGUCGUGGCCGAGGACGAUGAAUACGAUGGGUACUUCAUCCCAAAGGGUACCGUUGUGCUAACGAACAAUUGGGCCAUUCAGCACGAUUCCGAGCUCUACUCGAAUCCAUUCAAAUUUAAUCCUGAGAGGUUCCUUGAUCCCUCUAACAAGGCUCCUGAUUCGAGCGCGACCGCGUUUGGCUACGGCCGUCGCAUCUGUCCCGGGAUGCACUUUGCCUUGGAUACGUUGUAUAUCUUCACCGCCUCUCUUUUGCACACUUUCGAGGUUUACUCGCCUACACCGCUCUCGGAAGAUUUGGAUUUGAUCGAUGGGCCUUUAUCCGGGCUUCCUCACUUUGUGUGCAACGUUCGGCCAAGGUCCAGUGGGAGAGCUGCAUCAUAA